AUGCAAGCAUCUUUGAUAGAAGCUUUACAAAGGAAUCCUCAUCCUCCUCUAGCCACGAAACAUCAUCAACAGACUAAACCUGCCCCGUAUGGGCAUUAUAUCCCUAAUGUCAUCUUUCAGACAGAUGUGAGACCCCCGCCGGAAGAGGAGACGAAGAGUUGGACCAAACAUGGUUUCAAUAGGGUUUUCAUGGAUGAUGAUCAAGCGAUGGCUUGGGUCGAGAAAACGUUCGCUGGAACAGACAUUCCACGGGUUUUUAAAGAGCUUCCGCUCGUCAUCUUGAAAGCAGAUAUGCUGCGGUAUCUUUAUUUGUUAGCAGAAGGUGGUGUUUACAGUGACAUUGACACGCGCGCAUUAGCACCUAUUUCCGAAUGGGCUCAGGGUGCCGUUUCAUGGCCAAGCGGGAAACCUCCAACUCAACCUGUACGGAUGGUCGUCGGAAUCGAAGGCGACUUACAUGUUUGGCGCAACUGGGGUUCCACGUAUGGCCUUGGGUUUUCCGUAACGGGACGGCAUCGUAAUUUCCAAAUCGCUCAAUGGACUAUCGCUUCUGACGCACAUCAUCCCAUCCUCGUCGACUGCAUCCGUCGUAUCACGGAUACGUUCGUGGUUGCACAAGCAUGGAACAUCACUCACUAUCGCGCGAUCGAAAUGCUCGAAGCCGAAGGACGGUGGACACAUGCCCACAAGUUGAGGCUGAUGAGGAAACCAUGGGAGGGGGAUGUGAAGGGUGAGAGGAUGAGCGUUCAAGAGUGGACGGGUCCUGCAGCGUUUACGGAUGCUGUUUUGAGUUAUCUGCUGGCGGUUGGUGGGAUAAGGGAACAGGAUUUGUAUGGAUUGGAACAGCCGGUUCAGGUGGGCGAUGUGGUCGUCUUACCCACCGACGGGUACAACCCACUGCGUGAAACACUACCGAAUCCCCGUGCGAAAGCCAUUCAUCUUUUCCGAGGCUCAUGGAAAGAUAACUGGGAUUCUGCUGUUCAUCUCGAUGAUUAAUCCAUUUAGAAUCUGCAAACCUCAAUUAAUCCGCUACUUCCCCUUACCACUCUCACAACAACAAUCUUCAGCAUAUUAUUCCCUCUUCUGUUUCCAUCCGGGGUGCAUGAUAUAUGCGAUGGGAUAUGAUCAUGUAUAUGAUCAUGUGUAGUAUAAAAAAAUCAAGUAUUAACUAUGGGAAGACUUCUUCGCUACUACUACUCUUCUCUUUCUUUUUCUAUGUAGUGAUGAAGCUCUUCCCUCUCCCUAAAUCUCUAUCUCUUCUAUGAUCCCAUAUUACCUACAGUGCUAUUUCGUGCCAACUUGCAAACCACACGUCAGCUUCAGCCUCCACCACUACCCUCGACCCACUCCCGUCUCCGUGGCUGAUCAGGAGCGGCGCCAGAAGUAGCAACAAGCUGAAUUCAACCCUUUUUCUUUUUCUCCUUCCUUUUAUAUUUUUACCCUUUCAUUUCCGUUCGCUCCGGAUU